AUGGCCCUUUUUGCGGACUACCACGAUGGCUUCGUGCUGCCCAACGCGCGCUUCAACCCCACGGCGACGAGCGGCUCAGGCCUGCUUACACCCCCCGAGUCGCCCAAGUCUGGCUACGCGGAGCUGCCGACCUCUACACACUGUCAUGCGCCUGUCACCGAUGAGCAUCACGAGUUGCCGCCGAGCUAUCGCAGGGGACGCCCGGAGCCGGAGAAGCAGAGUGUGCAGCCUGACCUGUCGGGCGUCUCAGAGACCAUUUACACCAUCAUCGAGCAGGUCAUUGAGCAAAAGCUGGCGGAAGCCAUGGGACCUCUACGACUAAAUAUCCGGCGGUUGGACUCCGAGAAUACCGAUCUCCAGACACAAAACGACCGACUCGAGCAGCAACUACAUGCUCUUCAAAACAUCUCGGUCACUGCCUCCAACAAUCUCGAACUGCUUUCUUCCAUUUCCAGUCAACUUUCGCACACACGUGGCAACAGCAGGAGCGGCAUUGCAGUAUCCAACCGCAAUUUUGCUUCGAGUCUCGAAGCCCGAAAAGACAUCGCCCGUCGAACAUUAAAUCUAGGAAGCCAAGACUGGUCAUACAGUAACCUACACACUCGCAAAACUUGCGCCAUGGGUCUCACGCCCGUGAAGAAAACCCCGUCCAAGACGGGCCGGUCGCCAGCUCGCGAUCGCCGUUCCCAGUCGCGGGGCUUCAAGGAAAGCGAUUCCGCCAGUAAUCUAUUGCAAAAAACCCCAAACCACGCAAGAGACUCCUCCUUCUCUCAUACGCUUCCGACGGACGAGCAAAAACGUGGCAAUGGCCGAGUGGUUGGCCGUAGCCUCAUCAUGUGGGCUCGUCCUAGAAUGGCCGAGAAGCUGCUUUUGCAUCUUCACUACGAAUGUACUAGACACAAGAUUGUUCUGCCCUGGGAUUCAAUCGCACACCGUCUCCAUCCUGGCUCCUCCGGGGCUGCCGUUGUCCAGCACCUUAAUCGUGUCAGGAAGGAACUAAUUAGAGAGGGACACCUUGUGCCUCCAGUUUGCCAAAAACCGAGUUCUGGCUCUGGUGUUGACCCUGGAAUCCGCGGUUUUGUGCGCCUCGAUCCGGACGGCGAAGACAAGGAGACCACGCGCCCAGUUCGCUUUGACGAAAAGUAUGAUGACUUGAGGUUCAACCUCCCAGACUCAUUUCAGCAUUCUGGCGAUGAAGAUGACUGCACGCCAGAUUCUCCUAGCCCAGUACGCACACAGCAGUCCAGAGUCUGUAGCGGUCCGCCGAGCGUUACCGAUGAGUCUGUUACCGACAGCCUCCGCCGCUUUGACCAAAGUUGGUCUCCCAUGAGAAGUUUCCGUUCUCCUACUCGGAAGCAGAGAUCUGAAAUCGACGAGCUGGAUAACCCGCUCUUGACCCGGUCCUUUGACACGCUCACGUCGGUAGGCUCUGCUCCCACCUCCGCUCCGAGCACACAGAGCCUGUGGCAAGAAGCCCCAUUCCCCCAAUACUCCCCAAUGGGCCUUUACCCAUAUGCAAAGCAGCAUUCGGAAUUCCCUUCCUCAUUCUCGGGCUACAUGACCUUGCCCCCAGAUUACUCCAUGUUUACCGCUGUCGAGCCCUUUGCUGGGUGCCAGGAGGACUCCGGGAUGUCGGCCAAUUGCUCGCAUAUCCUCGGAAAUGCGAGACAUGAAGAAGAAUCGCUCACUAUGUCAGUGGACGAACGUUUUGACGAUACUUGCGAGACCAGAGAUAGCCAUGGCAACGUGGCGGUGACGCGGGAUCUUUGA